AUGGAUCCAGACGCGAUGGAUAUUUCGGGGCAGCCGCACAGAUACCCACCUAAUCUAUCGGGUAUCCCGACAGAGCUCCAGUUGAGAAUCGUUGAUUAUGUAACGACGAAAGCCGAUCUCAGAUCUCUAUGCUUGACUUCCUCAGCACUUCGUCUCCUUGCCAUCCCGCUCUUGUACAGGCGCAUCAAGUUGGAGCUAUGGAGUCCGGGAGCGAUCGAACAGCUCCGGGAGUGCAAUCUACAUGGCGCUGGACCGCAUUUCCAGCACACGAAAGAGCUCAUCAUAGAGAACGAGUGCCUUUGUGGACCGCUCCCCUCAAUCCAUAAUGGCCGCAUCAGGAUCCCAGAGGCCAUGCCCAAAGAAUGGGAAGAUGAUGCCCAUGACUUGGAAAUCGAGCACUUCGAGAACCAACAGGACGUAAAUGCACACUACGGAGUGAAAGUUAACCUGGCCAGCUACCUUUCGCAGCGACCUGUACCACAGAUGGUGAAGUCACAUCUGCGCAACUAUCAGAACAACAUACAAGACCUCAAGAUCAGCCUUUACACUGAUCCUGGGUCGUUCGGGAAGCUACCACGUGUGUUCUGUGGUCUGCAGCGCCUCGACAUUUACCACAAUGAUCAAUCAGAUAUUAUCCUUCUUUUCGAAAACAUCGAAUCUGUGGGCGCCAGUCUGAAACGGCUGUCUUUGACAGCGGCGAAUGUCGGUGCACUAAAUGGUCAGCUGGAUGCAUGGGUAGAUAGCGAGCCGGACGACCUCACCCGAUAUACUCCUAUGCUCGAAGAGCUCCGGCUUGCCAAUUUCGUGGUCCCGGGCACAUUUGUAGCAUUCGACCAUGUUAUCGAUUUCUACAAGUUGAGCCGAUUAGAGCUGCUCGUAGACAAGGGAGGUAAUCUAGACUUCGUCUUGGAGCUAGCCGAGCGUGCGCAGGGCAACAGGUUCAAGUUGAAGCACAUUGCUUUAGAGUUCAUGCGCGGCACCCUGCUGACUGAAGACCACCUGUUGGCCAUAAUGACUCUUUUCAGUUAUUGCGAGCGUCUCGAAAGUCUCCACCUACGCUUUCCAGAUGAAGAGCGCUUCCCUGCCCGCUUUUUCAACGUCUUCGAUGCGCUUCCGCACAAUCUACAGAGCUUGAGUAUCUCUUUCGAUGUCGAUACAACGCCCACUGUGGCAUUGCAAAACCAGAUGUUGUUAAGCAGGUUACAAAGAAGCUCGCUGAACGGGAUUAAACAGCUCGCGUAUCAAUUUGACGAAAAAGACUUGACAGCAGAGAGCAACGGUAGCAGUUAUGAUAAUGUAGUAAACUCGCUGCGAGGCUUCCAACAACUGCGUCUACUCCACAUCCGUGUGGAAGACAGUACUCUUAUGGGCAAAAGUCCAAUCUACGACGACCAACCGCUAGAGGAAGUACUGGUGGAUCCUCAUAUAUUGGCUUUGCAGAUGCAAACGUUUGCCAACCGGCUGUUCGAGGACAUGCACAGAGGAGGGCAUUCAAAGCUGGAUGCUCUGGUCGUUGGGCAUGCGACCAGCGCUGAAGCAGCAGCCGAACUUCAACAGCAGUGUUUUGUCAGAGGCGAGCAGAGAGAUAUUCUCGGGCGCACGGUCCCGGUUGGGGUUCCUGUUUCGCAGGCCAUGCUGCGCGAGACUCAGCCAUACACGGAUAUCCUGGAUAUCGACUUCCCUAGGACUUCGUCAUCGGAUGGAUUCGAGGGGUGGGCCGGAGAAGCGUUCUGA